GUGAAAAAAUCUCGUUUGGUAAACAAACAAAAAGGCUGGACUGCAAGAAAAAUCAAAUCGAAAGUUAAAAAGGUUGGACACGACCUCUGGAGACCUCCCUGAUGAACACCCUCCACCAAUUUCCAGAAUUGCGUCUUGGAGAUCACAGAGAGAUAGUCAUGUUAUGUUUUAGAUGUCGCCCAACCAUCAUCCGCAGUCUGCCUCUUCUCCUGCCUUCACUGAAUCCUGGCCUGAUUGUUUUUUCCAGCCCCUCGUUUCUCAUCACUUGGCUGAAGGUGUGAGCGAAAUGUCCGUGGAUGAGCAGACUGAAGCCCCCAUGUAUGUGUAUGAGUCAACAGUGCACUGUACCAACAUCCUCCUGUGCCUCAAUGACCAGCGGAAGCAGGAUAUCCUCUGUGAUGUCACAGUGACAGUGGAGGGGAAGGAGUUCCGAGCUCACCGAGCUGUCCUGGCUGCCUGCAGCGAGUACUUCUUACAGGUUCUGGCAGGACAAGCCAAGUAUGAGUCCGUCAGUUUGCCGGAGGAGGUCACUGCCAGGGGAUUCGGCCCAUUGUUGCAGUUUGCCUACACUGCUAAGCUGCUACUCAGCAGAGAAAACAUCCAAGAGGUCAUCCACUGUGCAGAAUUCCUGCGCAUGCACAACCUGGAGGACUCCUGCUUUCGCUUCCUGGAAGCCCAGCUCCUAAGCAAGGAAGAUGGUGUGCUCCUUUGCCGCAAGGUGGCAUCUUACCCCCGAUCCCAAGAUGAGAACUCGGAGGAGGAGGAGGAGGAGGAGGAGGAGGAGGAGGAGCAGGAUGAGAGCAUGCAGUCUGAGACCACCAAGACCAGUAGGCUGCUGGAACAGGAAGCCAUUGCUGUGCCGAUUCCCGAUGUGUUCCAGGACGGCAGGGCAGACUUUGAGAAACACAGGGCAUCGGACCUCCCGCGCUGCCCCAAGUACAGGAAGUAUCAGCUGGCUUGCACCAAGCACAGUAACGAUGUAUCACACACCAGUACCUCAGGUUUUCCAAGCACAUUCAAGGAAACGAGCUCCGGCAGCAGCAGUGCCCCCCACAGCCAGGGACUGUCUUUGGGACAGAUCAAAAACGAACCUCGCGCCGAGGAGGAGAGCAUCUCACUGUGUCUGUCAGGGGAUGAGCAUGAGAAAGAGAACGACGGCGUGGCAGAUAUGGAACUGGACUGCAAGCAGCGCAGCCCCCUGUACAUGGACAGGCCUAAAAGCAAGUCCCCAGCAUUUCUGAGGUCUUUUUUAAAAAAAGGGACCGAUCUGUUAGGUUUGCCCAGCACAGCACAGCAGCUUUUUACCAACAGACCAGCCUGUCCCCAGGAAAAAGUAGAAACUCAGGGUGACCACAAAACUGACUAUGAGACGUACUCUGGGGGCAUGGGGCUGUCCGUGGUGUCCCAGAAAGAGUUUGCCGGUUUCCAAGUGGGAUUACCGUUAAGGACUCUCUCGUGUGACGGAGUAUGCAAGCAGGAAUCGGAGCUGGACCGCAGGAGCGUCAUUUUUUCCUCAGUUACAGACGACCUACAGGAAGCUCCGGCGCAUUUGUACCCUGGAGGGAACUCCUUGGAUACAGAACUAUCAGAACACAUGCCAAAGGGUCUGUGGCCCGGUGCUAGCUCCCUUCCGUGCUCACAGACCUACUCCCCCAGCGGACUUCCUUCCGAGCCCAUGGUGCAAUGCAGGCCUCGGCCCAACACCAGCUGCCCAGUGCCAAUCAAGGUGUGUCCCCGUUCCCCUCCCUCGGAAACGAGGACCAGGACUUCUAGUUCCUGCUCUUCCUACUCCUAUGCAGAAGACGGAAGUGGAGGUUCUCCUUGUAGUUUACCACAGUUUGAAUUUUCCACCUCUCCCCGGUGUCUCGCUACCGAUCAACAGGAACAAGGUAUAGCGGGCGAGGCCAUGUAUAACCAGGUCAGGCCCAAGAUUAAAUGUGAGCAGUCAUAUGGCACCAAUUCCAGUGACGAGUCUGGCUCAUUCUCAGAAGGAGACAGCGAGUCGUGCCCUGCUCAAGAAAGAGGGCAAGAGGUCAAGCUUCCUUUCCCAGUGGAUCAAAUCACAGAACUUCCAAGGAAUGACUUCCAAAUGAUGAUAAAAAUGCACAAACUAACCUCGGAGCAACUGGAGUUCAUUCACGAUAUCCGACGGAGGAGUAAGAACCGCAUCGCGGCUCAGCGCUGCCGGAAAAGGAAACUGGACUGCAUUCAGAAUCUCGAAUGUGAGAUCCACAAAUUGGUCUGUGAGAAAGACAAGCUGCUGACAGAGAGGAACCAGCUGAAAGCCUGCAUGGGAGAGCUGUGGGAGAACUUUUCAUGUCUUUCCCAGGAGGUGUGCCGGGACGUGCAGCUCAGCCCAGAGCAGAUCCAGUCCCUGCAGAGGUACUGCCCAGUCCUCAGGGCAGCAGAUCAAACAGGCGCCACCGCCACUGCCAGCAUCAACCCAUCUUCUUCCAAGACCCCCUCACUGGGCUCAGAACAAAUCUUCAUGAAUUCUCAGUGCACGGGGGAAAGCACGCAGUGCUGCACAGAACCAAGCCCCACCCAGCUUGGGGCCCAGUGGUUGCCUGGCAACGGAUCAGAAAGCUGCUUAGGAGGAGUCCCACUCGGUGAACACGAGACAGGUACUUACCUAGAAAGGGGGCCUUCCCUUGAACAGUGCAGUCAGACAGUCACUGUGGACUUCUGCCAGGAAAUGACUGAUAAAUGUACAACUGAUGAACAGCCUCGGAAGGACUGUAGCGAAUAACCGUGGGUUCUCCCCCAUGCCUGGUAGGUCAGUCCAGUUUUGUCGGUCAGCUUCUGCCAGUGUUCAUUGGGACUUUCUUUAAGAGAAAAGGUUGACACUACAGUUGUCUUAACAGCAGCAAUACUGUUCUCCAGGUAUUCUCUCCUCAGCAUAAAAAUGGGACUUUAAUCCUCACUAUGGUGCUACACCUUGUUCAUACAAGGAACUCAGCAGUGGCAACACUGUUUUUACAUAAUAGAAAUGUAUUCACAACAGGGAUGGGCAGAGAACAUCUCAGAUUUAAAAACCUCUAAGGCAGCAGUUCUUUGUCUCUCUCUCUGUCUCUGUCUCUCUCUCUCUCUCUCUCUCUCUCUCUCUCUCUCUCUCUCUCUCUCUCUCUCUCUCUCUCUCUCUCUCUCUUUCUUUCUCUCCGUGGCCCAUGUCACGCCGAUGCAAACUCAGGAAAUUGUUCUGAAUGUUCAAUAUUGUUCAUAAGAUAAAUUACAGUUUCUGGAGGCAGAUCAAGAGUUUCAUACAGCAGCUAGACUGCUCAUGUUCAUAUGCAAGAAGCUCUUCUGCAUCCCUCAUUUAUAGCAUUUCUACAACUGGAACCCUUCACAUGUCUUGCUACAGAACUUUGAAUUUAAACAUUCCUCUUUUUGCCUUUUACAAUGCUAAAAUGAAGAGAAAAAAUGGGUUUAAUAAACAGUAGUUCGGUUUCCACACAUCAGCAAUAUAAUUUUUUUCUACUUAUUUAUAAAAUAUUAGAACGCUUGUUUGGCACAAAGUUUAAUGUAUAUAUGUGUGGCACUGCCAUAGGGUGCCAUUUAAGCAUGGUGACUUCGGUCAUGUAGACAGAAAAAGGUGUUUCAUUCACACUAGGCUUGAGUCAAGUAUCCGUACUAGGGGCACACAGGUGCUGUCAAUUCUUAGUUCUGCUUUCCUGUCUUCAGAAAUGUCCUAGUAUUUCUACACUCAGGAUGCCAGCCUUGUAAUGGCCUACACGAGUUGAGUGUCGAAAUGAGAAAUACAGACCAGGAAACAGGUCAUGUAAGGUGAAUAUGAACUGAUUACCUAACACUGAGUAACACAAUAAUGAGGUCUGUUAUUUCUGUUUGAAUUCAUAGCAGACGAUUAUAUAGGGGUGAUGUCCAGGAGAGCAGGGCGGAUCAUGUAAAAGAUUUGAAAGUAGAAAUAACAUGCUAUUUAAAAAACAAGCGAGAGGGUGAGUUUUUGGCCAUGUUUCUCAUCAGUGUAACGUUAUUCAGUGUUCAUUUUAUUUCAGUUAUUGCAAACAGUUGGCGCUUUGGUAUAAACAUAUUAUAAGCUGCGCUGCAGUCUCUUAUUCUGUACUAUUAGACUUUUGUAAGUCUUAUCAGCUCCUUUAGAAAUCUUAGCACUUUUAUUAUCAAAUGCUCUGAGCACUCAACAUGCAAAUUCAGCUCUCGGGAAUGGGGUAUUUUCUCAUCUAGAGUUGUGAAGCCCUGCAAAAAUGGGAAAGAAUGCACUUCAUUUGGCACUUAUAAAGAUUGCUCCCCCUUGUUAUAACAAAAUAGAUUUGUUUUCCUUGUAAACUUCAUUAUAUGCUUGUGCUCCCAAAUGUAUUGUAAUUUGGAAAGAAUUUGUGGUUAACGAAGAAACGGUCAUACUUGUAGUGAUACCUGAGAUGAUCUGGUUAAGAAUCAGUAUUUUGAACUCCCAAUCUAAUUGGAAAGUAUUAUUUAAAAAAAAAAAAAAAAAAAAAAAAAAAAAACACCUUUUUCAUCUGGUCUGUUACAUCUGAUUCUUAAAUUUCUGAGAUAGUGACUGAUUAACAUUCAUCUAAACUGGAAGCUCCUUGUUAUAAUGUUGAAUAAUGUAGUUCUGUGCAGUUACAGGAAUGUCUGAUAAUCAUUUAACCAUGUUAGCACUCUUUCAUUUGAGUCCACAACAAGAGUUCUCCAGCUGGUUUUGCUUGUUUUGUUUUAUUCAGGAAACAACAACACAAAACAAAAAUACAAGUAUUUUUUAUCGUCUUCAGUAUUAUAUAAAAUUUUAAAAAAUGGUUUCCACAAGUUAAACCUGACACAGCAUCAAAUCCAGCAUGUCAUGGGUUAAUAAUCAUUAAAAUGGAAAUUUAA